AUGGAUUCAUCACCGUCUGGGAAGCGAAAACUGGUGUCUUGCCUAGCUUAUUCCUUGAGAUUAUCCACCAGACUGAACUAUCGGAUGACAGCUAGCAUCUUGAAGUGCACCCUACAAGAGUUGUGCGAUCAUCCGGCCGUAUCGACUCGAAGAACCAUCAGCUUGUAUGACGCCCUGCAUGUUGACGACGGCGCGUGGCAUCAACAUAAACCACAGGGGGUCGGGCUGCAUCUGCAUGAGGCCGAGAAUCGACCAAAUGAUGCGGAUGACUAUGGUGAGUGUGCUUCAUCCGGUGCGGGUGGGGUAAUGUCAAUGGGGACGCAAACUACGCACAGGGUCUAUACUGAUGAUGAGUGCCGGAACAUCGCUCAGACUUUGGUGGCAAAUGUGGUGGCAACGACUGAGGCCUCUCUUCAAACCUUACAGAGACGGAUUUAUGAACUCGAACGAGAUGCGGGCCUCUGCGAGCUUGAGCAACCAGGCUCAGGUGAGGCAAGCCUCCCGAUGCAACCUUUCGGUCCAGCUCUGGAUGAUGCAAGAGAAGAGAAACCUCGUGAAUCCUCGGUUCAACCUUUCGGUAGAGUUCUCGAUGAUGCAAGCGAAGAUGAACCUUGUGAGUCCUCGCAGUGUCUUGAUUUGCCUGAAAAUGCGGGCAUACAAGCUUUAAUUGAGCAGCAACGAUUAAGGCGCUUAGCUAUCCGUGACUUACGUCGCAUUUCUAGGGUCUUCUCUGCGAAGUUGUAG